AUGGAAAUUGGAAAAGCGUUUUGCGUGGUCGCUGACCCUCUCUCUUCUCCCCAGAUCGCGUUCUACGAGGACCGGGACUUCCGGGGGAAGUUGUACGACUGCAAGGGGGACUCGGCCGACCUGCAGGGCUUCAUCCGCCGGUGCAACUCGGUGAAGGUGGACGGCGGCUGGUGGGUUCUGUACGAGCGCGACAACUACAGCGGCUACCAGUACGUCGUGGGCCCGGGGGAGUACAGCGACUACCGCCGCUGGAUGGGCUUCAACGACUGCGUCAGGUCCUGCAGGACCAUCAGAAACGCGCAAGGGCUGUACAAGCUGAAGCUGUUCGACAGGCCGAACUUCGCCGGUCAAUCUUGGGAGCUGACGGAAAACACAAAGUCCAUCCAGGAGAAGUGGGUGAGGCAGGAAGUCCAGUCCUGCAAAGUGCUGGAGGGCUCCUGGAUCUUCUUUGAGCAUCCGAACUUCUGUGGUCGGCAGUACCUGCUGGAGAAAGGGGAGUACCGACACCACUCCGAGUGGGGGGCCGCCAAGCCCACCGUGGGCUCCGCCAGGAUCAUCUUGGAGCUGUGAAAGUCAACCGGUUAACGGCUGUAAUGUGAUGUUAUGCAAAUGCAAUAAACGUGCAACAGAUGUUUAAAUGUGUGCAAAGGUCCAUUAAAAUCUUCUCUUAUCCAUAA